AUGAAAUCAUUAUUUGAACAAUUUGAAAUAGAUUUAUAUUGUAUAAUUAUAACAAGAUUUUUUGAUAUAUCAAUAACAACGAUAACCGUUUAUUUAGGAUUAUUAAUGGUUAUAGUAAUAGGAAUGUAUAAAGUAAGUUUAUACAAGGCAACCAUAAUAGGUGGAAACAAUUGGCAACAUAUAGGAGAAAUGAUCUAUGAAUUCGUAGUAGACUUAAUUAUAGAACAAGUAGGAAAACCAGGAAUAUUGUUUUUCCCAUUUAUAAUGUCGUUAUUUUUAUUUGUAUUAACACUAAAUGUAAUGGGAUUAAUACCAUUAAGUUUUACAGUAACUGGACAAUUAUUAGUAACAUUUACAUUAGCAAUAACAAUCAUGAUUGGAAUAACAAUUUGGGGUUUUAGAAUUCAUGGAAUUAAAUUUUUAAAUAUAUUUGUACCAUCAGGAAUUGAACCAUGGUUAUUACCAUUAUUAGUAUUUAUUGAAAUAAUGUCAUAUGUACUAAGACCAAUUAGUUUAGCAGUUCGAUUAUUUGCUAAUAUGUUAGCAGGACAUUUAUUAAUCCAUAUUAUAGGAGUAGCAGCAAUUUAUUUAAUGCAAUUUUAUUUUAUUGGAAUAUUACCAUGGAUUUGUGUAAUUGCAUUUAUGUUCUUAGAAUUAGGAAUUGCAUUUUUACAAGCAUAUGUCUUUGUAUUAUUAACUUUAAUUUAUAUAGCAAAUAUAAUUAAUUUACAUUAA